AUGACUGAAAGUGAGAUGCAAGAUGGUUCAUCGCCUAACAAAGUCACAGAAGGUAGCAGUCUUUCAGAUUUAAUGGGGAAGAGGAAGCAACUACUUCACAAACUGAAGAAACAAAGAUUGAAAGAAAAAAGAAGAUUAAGCAAACCAGAAAAGAAAGAUACAGCGGAAUGGCCAGCUCUGUAUCUGACACUCAAGGAGUUGCUGGAACAACAAAGAAACAAACACGUGCCCAUUAAAGCAGACGAGGAGUUACCUCCCUUGUUUAUGUUGGAUUUGCAACAUUUGUUGACCUUUGCUUUGUUGCCUGACUCAUAUAAAUACUACCCAAGAUGGUGUAAGUUGGCACGACCAAGGAAGGUGGCAUCAGUGGUUGUCAUAGUGAUAGACCAACUCAGCUCUAACGAUCUAGAAGAACACCAAGAGUGCUUUCCCUUUAUGAAGAAAACAUUUGAUAUAUUUACAGAGAUGAUCUCCCCCUACCAAUAUGGCAGCUCAGUAAUGGAGGAUGUCUUCCAUGUCCCCGUCAGCAGGGCCACCAUCAAGUCUAAAGCCAUGAAUGACGAGGAGGGAAGAAUUAAGUUGAAGAAUCAUAUUGAUGGGGUGCACAAGUCCCAGUUGCAGCUGCAGCAAUCCCUGGGCAUCACAGUACCAGACACGCCUACACCGACGCCGGUGCCAGACUUUGAUAGGACCAGCCUGCUCCUAAAUCCCAUGCAGAUGAUGCAGGAUGGCUACCCCAUGCCUAUUGUGAAAUGUGUCUCACGACCGCCCAGAGAGAACGAGUUGACAAGAGUAUCAGUGAUCAAUGAGAAGUUAGAGACUGUGUAUGACACCUUGGUCAAACCAUUCAACAGGAUCACAAACUACCUCACCCAAUACAGUGGCAUCACCAAGAAGAUGUUGGUGCCGGUGAAGACUCGGCUGAAGGAUGUUCAGAAACAUCUGAAGAAACUCCUGCCCUCGGAUGCCAUUUGGGUGGGGCAGUCACUCAAUGGGGAUCUUCUUGCACUCAAGAUGUUCCACCCCUAUGUGAUCGAUACAAGUGUCAUAUACAACAUGUCUGGCAUCAAGUGGAAGAAGACUGGUCUCAAGGUCCUUGCAGCUCACUUCCUCAAGCAGGACAUACAGGCGGGGGAAUCAGGCCACUGCUCGGUGGAAGAUGCCCGUGCCGCCAUGGAACUCGUCCGGCUUAAACUGCAGAAAGGUUUAGAUUUCGGGGAUGCAACACGGUCUGUGAUAGACGCAGCUCCCUCAGCAGAUGGAGUGGCCAAUGAUGUGACUGGAGAGGUGGAGACAGCCACCCAGGUGAUGGACAAGAGACGAUUGUUCUUCCAACAAAAUAAGUCAUGCUACAAAAAUUUCCUGAGUUUGAUUAUGGAUGACAAGAAGACAGCUACAGUUAUUGAUAAGUCGGAUACGCUGUCAACACACCUGUCAGAUGUGUCCGUGUGUUGUUCUGCCGAGACAUCGGACAAAGCCAGAACGGUGGCAGCGUCACAGGCAGUACAGAAGCAGGACUUUGUGUGGGUGCAGCUGCAUGCACUGAAUCAUAGGAAGAAAAUAGAAACUGCAAACACGGGGGAGGAGAAGGCAAUAGCAGAGUCAGGGGAGGAGGAAGAAACAGCAGCAUCUGUGGGGAAAUCAGAAAUUGGAGAUUCUGCCAAUGAGAAAGAGGAGGAAGGGGAAAAGAAAAGCGAGGACUUGAUUAAGAGAUAUAUGAAGAGAAUAGACAAAAGAGUGAAGAGGAUUGCAAAGAACGUUCGACCAAAGUCCUUGGUGUGUGUGGUGUUGUCAGGGCAACCAAGUAAGAAGGGGAUUCACAAUGCAGGAGUGCUUCUGAAUAUCAUGUGACACUUAUGCAGCGUAUCCCUCAAACUACUCUCAGGAUCAUGUUAUUGCUUCUGUUUGAAAAUUAUUGUUGACCAGCGAGUGGAUGUCACAAGGAGUGAUCGGUCAGCGGUGACCAUUCAAUAACCAGGGCCCAUUCCACAAAGGGAUCUUAGCACUAAGGUGACUAUGACUCCUAUACUUUAACUAACAUUAUCUUAGAACUUUGUGGAACCGGUCCCAGGUCAACCAGUGCUGGUUCAUGUUGCUGUCUUCAAUCAUGACAUCUUCACAGCUCCAUGUACAGAAAAUAAAGCAAAUACAUUGUU